CGCCCGGCUGUUCUUCUGUAGUAGGUACAACAAUAGCCUCUUAUACACACAUUGGAUCUGUUUUGUGACAACAGGCAAGCAGUUGGAGCAUGUGAAUCUGAAAGGAUGCUAUUUUGAAUCCCUAAGUCGGGUAGAUGAAAUCUGUCAUUCUGUUCCUAAGGUAGGCAAAUACACCUAACUUUCCCAAAACAUUUAAUAAAAACAGGAACCUGAAGAUGUACACAGACUUAAAUCAGAAGAGCAAUCUUCAUGGUUUCACACCAUGUUUUUUAUGUUGGCGUGAACUUGUGCCAUAUUCAUGCUUCCCUAACUGGAAAUCCUUCCGUGUUCUUUGUUUGGCGUUCAGGGGCCAGUCUGAAGCGGGGUGUCAUAGCAACAAGUCGCACUAAUAGACCUCACCCUCACCUGUGUGGAACCGUCACUCCCCGAAUUGGGACUCCCACAUGGCUGUCGUACAGCAGGGUGGUGGUGGGAGCUCUGCGUAGAGCUUCAGACUGACUCUGGACUUGGCUGGGAGCGCCAUACAUUAUCUAAGCUGCUGUUGGACUUGGUCUUUCUAUAGCGCACCUAGACUGGCAUCAUGGACACUGUAAAGAACGGUGGCGCCCAGCCUGUCUACAGCCGUUGGUCCUACAGACCCUCCAGCUCCACUAGUUUCUCCUCUACCUCAACAGCAAGUGCACUUGAUGAUGACAGCACAAGCCUCAGGCAACAGAAGCUGGAAAAGCAGAGGGCGCUGUUGGAGCAGAAGCAGCGGAGGAAGCGUCAGGAGCCUCUGAUGGUGCAGCCCAACCCAGAAGCCCGGCCCCGGCGCUCCAGGCCCCGUCACAGUGAGGAGCAGGCCCCGCUGGUAGAGUCACGCCUCAGCAUCACCAGCGAUGUCAUCAUGGACGAGCGAUUAAGGCAAGGAAGCAAGCACGAAAGAUCAUCCCUGACCCCUACCUUCCCAGCCCUGCACUGUUCUACAGGUAUUGAUGGUCCUGCUGCCUUUCUGGGCUCUGAGCCCCCAGACCUCGGUACCAAGAUCCAGAUUUUGUCGGUGAGCCAGACCCUGAACUUGUCACAGGCCCAGCCGCUGCCCCAGUCCCCCCCCGCUGAGGAACUAGAACGGGAUGUGGACACAGACAAACUGCUGGAGCCCAAGACAGACAUUCAUGAGCUGCUACAGAAACGAGGUCUGUCAGGCAGUAUGAACUACGACGAGGCCACUGACGAUGACCAAGACGACGAUCAAGACCGAACAGGCUCACUGUCCCCCAACACAGAGUCGACCAGACCUGCGUCUGCCUCCAGCACCAAGUCCAACACUGAGUACGUGGUGACCCCUGGUUCACCCACAGCUGAGAGCCCCCUGAUUGAAGUGGACAACCUGGAGGAGUUUGUGGUGCGUCCUGCCCCCCGCGGCGUCACAGUCAAAUGCCGCAUCACGCGGGACAAGAAAGGCAUGGACCGCGGCCUGUAUCCCACCUACUUCAUGCACAUGGAGAGAGAGGAUGGCAGGAAGCUGUUUCUGUUGGCUGGGAGGAAGAGGAAAAAGAGCAAGACAUCCAACUAUCUGAUCUCAGCGGAUGCCACGGACCUGUCUCGUGAGGGAGAGAGCUUCAUGGGUAAACUGAGGUCCAACCUGAUGGGGACAAAGUUCACAGUGUAUGACAACGGCACAAACCCCUGUAAGAACCCUGGAACUCUGCUGGAGGAGAGCAACACACGGCAGGAACUGGCCGCCAUCUGCUAUGAGACCAAUGUGCUUGGGUUUAAAGGUCCUCGCAAGAUGACGGUCAUCAUCCCAGGCAUGAACAUGAACUUUGAGAGGGUCCCUGUCCGUCCAAACAGCGAGCAGGAAAGCCUUCUGAGCAAAUGGCAGAGCCACUCACUGGAGAACCUGAUCGAACUGCACAACAAGGCCCCCGUGUGGAACGAUGACACCCAGUCCUAUGUGCUUAACUUCCACGGACGCGUAACACAGGCCUCUGUCAAGAACUUUCAGAUCGUCCACGACAACGAUCACUACAUCGUGAUGCAGUUUGGCCGAGUCGCUGAGGACGUGUUCACAUUGGACUACAACUACCCCAUGUGUGCCCUGCAAGCCUUUGCCAUUGGCCUGUCCAGCUUCGACAGCAAACUGGCCUGCGAGUGACCAAGCACAUUAUCACCCCAAACACCCCUAUCUUUCAUUACCUUUUCAACUCCUUCUCCGUCCCCCUUCAAAAAAAUGUGACCACCCCACCCCCCCAAAACCUUGCUCAACCUCGGCUUCCAGAACAGUCAGUUCACCUGUCUGUCACUAUGGAAAUAAAUCGUUAACUCUGACCUCUCAGCCCUAAGUGGUAAACCAAUGCACCUGAGGAAAACGGACUGGAACAGUUGAGGAGAGUGAAAGAGGAUGAGAGCAAGUGGAUUUGGGCAAAGGGAAUUGGAUUUUUUCCCCUUAUCAGAAGAAAAAUGUAAAUACCAUCACCAUUGGAAAUCAUGUCACAUUACCAUGCCUUUGUUUUUAUUUGUAUUUAUCUGUAAUUUUGUUUCAGUGAUUUGUAUUUCUUUUUGGCAUUAGUUUUAUGUUUGAGCUGAAAGGAGGGAAAAAAAAUAAAACUGACGUGUCCUUGAGCAAGGCACUUAACCCUAAUCGCGCUCAAUAAGGGCAACUGCUAAAUAAAUUAAUGUUAAAUAUUUAUGAUGUGUACUGAAAAGGGGAAAGGAUUCCAAACAUCAUAAAGGAGCAUAUAAUUAACACUCCCUGUAGAGACAUGACCUGUAGCAGACCUGGGCCCGGGUUCCCAAAGCACUAAGAUGAUCGUAAGAUGCACGUAAGUGCCAUGUUAUUUUCAGUGCGUUUCCCAAAAGCAUCGUUACUUAAGUGGCAUAACAUUGCUUGUUAAUUAACGAGUGCUCCGGACCCUUCAUUAGUACAUCUUAACAGGUACUUCACUGUUUUUGUGAAAUGGUGCCUCAACAUGCGAGGAGUGAUCGCGAACAGUUAAUAUUAAGGUAAUAGAACGAAUAAGACCAAUUUAGAAAAUCUUUUUAAGAAUAAUUAUAGGUCUAUAAGUGCGUGAGUGGAUGUAAAUAUAAUUGAAUGCAAUUAAUCAACUGAGAAAGAAAAACGCACGUAAAACAAGAAAUUAUGAAGAAAGUAUUCAAAACUUACCCUUCACGAGUCUGAAACCCCGCACUGUACUGGUACUGUCUUUGAUGGAUAGUUGAUGAUGCCUCUACCUCGUCAAGAAGAACACUGAUAUAUUCAGCUCUGAUUCCUUGUUUUAUUUCCAACAAUUAGAAUGGAUUCAUCCCACUGAUUUAUAUUCCCAGUUAACCAAUCAUGUGUCGAUUGCUAUGACUUACGUAACAUAUUCUAUUUAGCUACCGGAGGAGUUUAUAAUUGGAUGUCACAUGAUCGAUCACCAGAGAUAAGUAAUCAAGCUAUAUCGAAAUACAAUUAAUAAGUUAUUUUUCUAAACGUAUGCGUGCCUAAUUCCAUUCCAAACGGCUGUAACGUGGCACUUGGGCUACGUGAAUCGUUAAACCGUCGUAAGUGCCACGUUAUUGGGAAACCAGACCCUGGUCAGAGGAAGUCAUUGUCUUAAAUUACAUUUUCAUGUUUGAUAGACCUUUGUAUUUUGAAUAUUUCAAGUUGCCUUUAAUGUAGUCUAAAGUCAUUGUACUCCUGUUUCAGAAAAUAUAUUUUUGCUCCUAUAAUCAUCACUGCAUUUUUUUUUACCAACUCUGAAAAACGCAUUGUUUAGAAACAAUGUACUCGCUGCAUUUAAAUGGUCACGUAGCAUUUGUUUCCAGACAUUUUGCACCAUACAUUAUUUCAAGGGUUUCACCCCAAAAUCACUUUUUUUACUUUAUACUGAAAUAUUGAUCAUGCAUAUCCAUCCAAUUUGUCCUCAUCUAUUCUUUGAAUGACAUAUUUACUAAUAUGUAAAGUAGCGCUCUGAGAAGUUUGGAAACCAAACACUUAACUGCAAUUUGUUUGUGUUUUUGUGGAAUUGUUAUAUACUUUUUUUCUACUUGUAACUUUGAUGUCUUAACUCCCUGUCAAUGAAAAAUCUUCACGGGACAGUCAAUUGAGUUGCUCUGCAAUCACGAUGAAGGGAUAUUUUUAAUAGUCUUACGUCAGUUUUGCCUUGUUAUUUUUUAAUAUCCAUUAUAUUAAACUUAAUGUAAUUUUAAAGUGUGGAAUAUAAAAGAGACAGUCCUGAAUCCAAACAGAGUGCUCAAUACAGAGCAAUAUAAGAUUCAGGCAGCUGUUGCUUUGUAAUCAGUACCUACAUUGACAUUUACCCAUUUUACAUGACAGCAGAUUGAAUAAUAACACUACAUUUUCUAUGUACUUUAACUGCAAAUUGUACUCUUCAGGAGACUACACCUGUACUGUACUGUGACUUGGUGCAACAUUCUUCAAAUGUGUGAAAAAUAUAUUACAGGCAAAUAGUGAUUAUUCAAAAUGCCUAUUUUUGUAUAAGCACAUAGCUGAAGUGUCAAAUUAAAAUAUUAAAAUGUC